AGAAGAAGGGAAAAACGAGAAAGGAGGAAUUUUGAUUGAUUUGAUUAAGCCCUAACCAUCGGUCGAAAGCAAUUCAAUUUCAAAUCGGAAAAUGAGCGAAGACAACUCCAAGAGCAGAGGGAUCCCUAUUGAUCCAGAGAGCCAGUACUACUACGGCACCUUCCAAGGCGUCGCCAACUCCUACCCUCCUCCUCCUCCUCCGCAAACCUCUCAUCCCGUCGUCGGUUUUCCUCAGCCGCUUCCUCCUCCCGGCGCCACCAGCCAUCCCCGCUACCCUCAUACUCACUUUCAUCAUGGAUAUCAAACCGUUCCUGGUUAUGCUGUUGUUGAGGGACAUCCUGUAAGAGAACGCCGCCUUCCAUGCUGUGGACUUGGCAUGGGUUGGUUCUUGUUUUUAAUUGGAUUCUUCCUUGGUGGAAUUCCUUGGUAUGUUGGAGCGUUCGUUCUACUUUUUGUACAUGUGGACUACAGAGAAAAGCCUGGAUAUGCUGCCUGCACGAUAGCUUCCAUUAUAGCUCUGAUUGCUAUAACACUAGGCAUAACGAAGGGAAGUCAUGCUUGGUGAUGCCAAAGACUACUCAAGAUCAACGGUGAACAUCAUCUGUAUAUUUCUUCCCAUGCUCACAAGGAUAAACAUUAGUUCUUCAUUGUAUUAAUAGUGGAGAUUGUUUAAUUUUAACCUGUAUUUAUUUGAGCAAGUUUGAUUGUCCACAUAUAUAUAUAAACAUAAAUAUAAAUAUAGUUAACAUGA